CCCAAAAGCGCGUGUAGCUUACCACAUUACCCGAUCUAAAACUAAAAGACGAUCCUUCCUCCCUGGUGACCUAGAAAUACUACUCCUUCCUCCCUGGUGACCUAGAAAGAAGAUUUGAAAGCUCUCAAACCAAACCGCCGAGAAGCCGUUGCAAGAACCAAUUUUCCAUUCUGUGAUAGGCUUUUAAUUUCAUGGCGGAGUCUAGUGAACCUCCUCGACAACCUGAGUCAGUAUGCACAUUUUUCAAAAAACCAACAAAAAACAAAAAUAUCAGGAAAAGGAAUCUUAUUGAGGAUGAUGGAGUUGAAGAAGAUGAAGGCUCCAAAUCCGAGACUGUUACGGUUAACAGGAAAAAGUCCUCAUUACCGGAUAAUAAAUUGCAUUUUUCGACUGCGCCUACCAAGCAAUUAAAAAGUUCAGACGUUGAAACUAAAAAGGAGCAAACAUUAUUUCAGUUUGAGUCCUCUAGUGCAAUUCAAGUUCAGAAUGAUAGCAGGGCCACGGCAACCCUUGAGACCGAGACUGAUUUUUCAAGAGAUGCUCGGGCGAUCCGCGAGAGGGUUCUUAAACAAGCAGAAGCAGCAUUAAAAGGGAAAAAUAAAGGUGAAGGUGAUGACAAGCUGUACAAAGGAAUCAAUGCAUAUACAGAUCACAAAGCUGGGUUUAGAAGAGAACAAACAGUCGCGGGGGAGAAAGCAGGUGGGUCACAUGGACCACUUAGGGCAUCAGCUCAUAUUAGGGUGUCAGCAAGGUUUGAUUAUCAGCCAGAUAUCUGCAAAGAUUACAAGGAAACUGGGUAUUGUGGGUAUGGAGAUUCAUGUAAAUUUAUGCAUGAUCGUGGAGAUUACAAGUCAGGGUGGCAGUUGGAAAAGGAGUGGGAUGAGAAAGAGAAGGCCAGAAAGAGAAAUUUAGCUCUGAAACAGUUUGAAAGUGACGAGGAAGCAGAGCAGAGUGAUGAAGAUGAUGAUUCCUUGCCAUUUGCUUGUUUUAUUUGUCGCCAGCCAUUUGCUGAUCCUGUUGUUACCAAGUGCAAGCACUACUUCUGUGAGCAUUGUGCGUUAAAGCAUCACGCGAAGAACAAGAAGUGCUUUGUGUGUAACACGCCAACACUUGGGAUUUUCAACACUGCACAAGAGAUCCGCAAAAGAAUUGCUGCGGAGCAGAAGAAGAAAUAAGUUUGACAAUAUACCCUACCCUUAUAUACCUAUAUUAUGUUCUGUAGGAACUUACAUGUCUGUCAUGUAUUUGAAUGGGCGCAACUGUAUCCACAAAUGUAGACUGGGGUUGUGGAUUGAUCAUGCGAUUGUUUUAAUGUUCGGAUACUGUUUUAUAGUUUAAAUCAGCACAAUGGUGCAUCAGUUUGUACUA